AUGGAGCAGAAUGACACUCUGUUUCCUACAGUGGACACCGAAGUAAUAUCUGCUAAAAGAAGGAGAGUAGGCGACCUUAUUCACCAAGUGAAAGAACAAGUGUCAACAGAGACUGUCUCUGAAGACAGUGCCAAGGUUCAGCAGCGACCCCACUCUACUGUGGAAGAGGAUUUUCAAAAAGAGGAGAGAAAGAAGGUCCGACAUUUACUGGCCACGAAAAGGAGUCACCAACGAAGCUCCAUGCCUACUGCAACUUCAACACAUCCUAGUUCUCCAAGAAGUCAGAUGGACACAUUAAAGAGCAAAAGCUUGGGGGAUGAGUCAAGUCAUGAAUUUAAAACAACACAAUUAGAUCCAAGACCAUCUAAGGUUGUUGAAACAAGUGGACCUGUCCAUAAAGUGAAAAUUGAGGAGACGUGUUCAAAGGGAAAAGUUUCAGCUAGAGAGAAGAGCACUGGAGUCACACUCGAAAAUGAAAACACGGGACACCAGCUAGAACCGGAUUUCUCUGAAACAUUGUCACCCCCACUUCACCUGGGUGAUGGAAGCAAAGGCGUACUUAGGAGGGAAGUCUCAAGACUUGAGAGCAAAGACAAACUUGGCUCCGGAAAAUCAACGGAGAAAAGGAUGGACGAUGAUCUUGAAUUGACGGCAGAUAUGGAGAAGGAAAUCAGGAAUGCACUAGGUCCUGGUCCUCGGGAUCAGAUCCUAAGCAGUGCCUUUAAACAGCGUAUCACUCGAGGAGAUCUCCAGACCUUGAGGAAUGAUCAGUGGCUCAAUGAUGAAGUCAUCAAUUUUUAUAUGAAUCUGCUCAUGGAAAGAAACAGAAAACAAGAUUAUCCAGCACUUCAUGCUUUUAGUACCUUCUUCUACCCGAAAUUAAUGUCUGCUGGUUACCAAGCAGUAAGAUGGACCAAAGGGGUCAAUCUCUUUGACCAGGAACUGAUCUUGGUGCCUAUUCAUCAAGAGGUACAUUGGAGCCUCGUGGUGAUAGAUGUAAGAAAAAAGUCUCUGAAGUACCUGGAUUCAAUGGGUCACAAGGGCCACAAGAUCUGUGAGAUGCUCCUUCAGUAUUUACAGGAGGAAAGUCAAACGAAAAGAAAUAUUGAUUUGAAUCUCCUGGAGUGGACACUUUACAGCAUGAAGCCACAUGAGAUUCCCCAACAGUUCAAUGGAAGUGACUGUGGAGUGUUUACUUGUCAAUUUGCCAAUUAUAUCUCGAGGGACAAACCGAUCACAUUCACUCAGCACCAGAUGCCUGUCUUCCGGAAGAAAAUGGUACUGGAAAUCCUUCACCAACAGUUGCUGUGA